CGCAGCUACCCCGGGAGCAUUUUAUCUGUAUUAAACCACAGGUACCAAAAAAAUAUCAUAGCCUAGGCGGGGGGGAGCUUUUGUCACGUCCCUCAUCUUUCCUAGCCCACCUACCUAGCUAAUAUUUCGGUCUAUUUCUUCAACGAAACUCCUGAAAUAUUUUCCCAUCUCUUUCCCAACCCUUUUUUAUCCUAAUAAACCGCUGUUUUUAUUAAUUAUCAAACAGCUGGUCCGUCAUGGCUACCGCAACACAAUCCGCCGGUGGCGCAAGUGCCAACGCUACUUUCAGGGAUAAGGAAAAGCCCAUAGCCGUGCGGUCUGCAAAUAUCGUUGCUGCUAGAGCCGUUGCCGAUGCCAUCAGAACCUCCUUAGGACCUCGAGGAAUGGACAAGAUGAUCAGGAGUGGAAAGGGCGAAACCAUAAUUACCAACGACGGAAACACCAUGCUCAAGAGCAUGUCUGUCAUGCACCCCACAGCCAAGAUGCUUGUCAACCUCUCAGCAGCACAAGAUGUCGAGGCAGGAGAUGGUACGACGUCGGUAGUGGUCAUCUGCGGUGCGUUGCUCGGUGCUGCAGACAGGUUACUAUCCAAGGGUAUCCACCCCUCAGUUAUUUCCGAGUCUUUCCAGAGAGCGGCGGCGGCGGCGGUUCAGACCCUCCAUGAUAUGUCACAACCUGUCUCUUUAUCCGACAGUGCCACACUACUUCAAGCAGCGAACACCUCCCUCUCCUCUAAGAUUGUGUCCCAAUAUUCCGGCCUCCUCGGCCCCAUGGCAGUCAACGCGGUCACAAAAACUAUCGAUAUCAAGACGGCCGAGAACGUAGACCUGAGGAACAUCCGAAUCAUCAAGAAGGUGGGAGGCACGAUAGAGGACAGCGAGCUGGUGGAUGGAUUAGUCUUGAAUCAACCCGUCAUCAAGGCGGCUGGCGGACCGGUGAGGAUGGAGAAAGCUAAGAUUGGCUUGAUCCAGUUCCAACUAAGUCCCCCGAAGCCAGAUAUGGAAAACACCAUUCAGGUAAAUGAUUACCGUCAAAUGGACAAGAUCGUCAAGGAGGAGCGUCUCUACCUUCUUAACCUCGUCAAGAAGAUUAAGAAGGCCAAGUGCAACGUCCUUCUCAUUCAAAAGUCUAUUCUACGUGACGCUGUCAACGACCUCUCCUUACACUUCCUUGCCAAGCUUAACAUUCUGGCGGUCAAGGAUAUCGAGAGAGACGAGGUUGAAUUUAUUUGCAAGUCUACCGGCUGCAAGCCGAUUGCUGACAUCGACUCCUUCACCGAGGACAAGCUUGGAUCGGCCGACCUUGUCGAGGAGACUCAGUCGAAUGGCGCGCGGAUGGUCAAAGUGACGGGCACUAAGUCCGCGGGAAAGACGGUGUCUAUAGUCUGCCGUGGUGCCAACAGCUUAAUCUUGGACGAAGCCGAGCGUUCGCUCCACGACGCGCUUUGCGUCAUCCGCUGUCUGGUUAAGAAGAAGGCUCUCAUUGCCGGUGGUGGUGCUCCGGAAAUCGAGAUCGCAGCCCAACUCUCGAAGCAAUCACGCUCUCUCACCGGCACGGAGGCGAUCUGCUGGAAAGCGUUUGCAGAUGCUUUGGAAGUGAUUCCCACAACGCUAGCGGAAAAUGCUGGUCUGAACAGCAUCAAGGUGGUUACGGACCUACGACAUAGACACGAGAUGGGAGAGAGGAACGCGGGAGUGAGCAUCAAGAGCGGUGGUGUCAACGCAAACAUUGCUAAGGAGAACGUGCUACAGCCGCUACUAGUAAGCACGAGUGCUAUCGAAUUAGCCGCGGAGACGGUGAAGAUGAUUCUUAGAAUCGAUGACAUCGCCUUGACAAGGUAGUGUGGGUGUAUAUUGUCAGCUAAAAUGAAAUGUACGUGAUAGCAACGAAAAAUAAUAAUGUAUCAAUGUGAUGCAAGCUUGCCAUGAACAUCCAUCCUAAGUAAUAAAUACCACUACAAUUUCCAAUGUUGUGAUAAGAUUAUAGGCACUCGGAACAAAGAGAUAACUCCAUUUGUCAGGCAUACAUAGUAGAUACUCGGAUUUAUACAGCUCUUUCUAACCUUUGCGGACUUAAAGCUUCGGAAAUGACGAGGGCCGGGCUUGCUAUCACGGAUUUAAAUUAUGUUUAUUUUGGAAAGGCGCUGCGGGGCAUCUGAUGGCGUUAUUCUUGCGAUAAGUUUAGACGAAGUGGUGUAAGCGAGGAGGAGCACAUAAUAGAAGCUAAGAGUGAAUAGGGAAUAGGAUAAGAGGUUGUGUUAGUGGUAGUUCUAGGUAUAUUUUUGAAAAGGGAUUACACAAGCGGGGCCGAGGCUCAUCCUGCGUAAAGGAUUUAUAAAGAAAUUUAUAAUUUACCUAGGUAGGUAGGUAGUUAAGGUGAAUGAAAUAGUUAAGAUUUAUUUAUUGUGUGUGCUUUUAAAAGUGUACAUAGUAUACUUUUCAAGUAUGAGAUGAACCAU